AUGGUGCACGCGACCAGGGCAUUCCUGCAAGCCGCAGCAAACGCCAUCAAGUCAGACUCGGCGGCGAUAAGUAUAGGGGGAAUAGAAUCUGCCACGGCCGCCAUCACGACUAGACGUCCUCGUGGAAGACCUUUCAAGAACCCUGCCGGCGACGAUGAUGCUGCUGCCGCUCCCAAAAUCAAGCCUCGAAUGGGCAGGCCUCCAGCUCCCAAGAAACCUGCCGACGAGGAAUCAGCCACGACCAUCAAACGUCCUCGUGGGAGACCUCCCAUGGACCCUGCCGACAAGAAACGUGCUGUCAGGAAGAAACCUGGGCCUAAAACGCGCACAUCAUGGCUGCCGUCUGACGAUAUCCGCACCAAGUUCAAGGCUGUAUUCCCCAAAGAUUACGCCGAAACGAGUUGGAACAGCGACGCACGAGAUCAUCUAACCAACCGGGCGGACAUUGUAGGCGAGCAGCUUUGUGAUGACAUUAUCAAGUAUCUGGCUCCGACGCUGGAGCCAUACAAAGGAUGCACGAUCAUCGACGUCAACCCCGGGGUCUGUCUAUGGUCGUCCAAACUUCACGAUUUCCUCCAACCGAAACGCCACAUCCUCAUGGAGCCCGACGAGGACUACGUGGAGCCCUUCAUCAAGCCGCUGCUCGAGGCCCCCGGCUCGACAUACCGCCACACGACCAUGACCGGGGCCCAUCCCCGAUCUUACUGGUCAAACUACGCGACGUUGUUCACGGAUGGCAAACUGAUGGAUCCUCGCCCGUCGCGAGCUCCCGACGAUCCGAAGCUCAACGAGAUCGACUAUUCACUGCUCGUGACGGGCAACCUCAGCCGACGGGCUCGCAACGUUCUGACCCUCGGCCGCGUCCGCCACGCGGAGCUGAUCCUGCAGCACAUGUUCUGGGCCGGCCUGGCGAGGGAUCUCGUGCACAACCGCGGGCCGGUCCGGAUGCUCUGGUGGACCUCGGACGUCGUCAAGUCGUACUUGAUGCAGAGGAACAUGUGCGGCAUGGUGUCGUUCAACUGCGCGGCGUCGGUCUGCGCCUCCGUCACCCCCGUCGUGGAGUGCGUGACGGGCGUGAACGAGUACCUGAAUGGUCCGGGGUUGGCCCCGCCUCGCCAACUGACGCCGUCGAUGGUGGGUCUGAGCCGCCGUCAUGCGGAGGAGAGGUUGGCAGCCCUCGGGAUGACGGUGCCCGAGGACAGGCCGGUCGUCCACCCCGAGGUCAACGUCACCGACGACGGAGAGGAAUUCGUAUUCCCGGGUCGCUUGGAUUGCGAAAGCAUCGACGAGCUCGCCGACGCCGUCGAUCUUGUAGAAUCGCGAUGGCACAGGUUCUCGACGGCGGCGGCCAACGGCGUGGGGGUGGGUUCGAGCAACCAGCGGCUGGUCGCCUUCCGGGAACUGGCCGCCGCGAUCCAGCAUCCCCAGGUGAAGGCGAUGGUCUUCGGUGCGGCCGCCAUCUACCCGACCGGGAAUGACUACAAGAACAAAUUCGGGCGCAUCCGGGCGAUGCUCUACUCCGACAGCUUCCUCGCCGUCUUCCACCUCGAGGCCAACUACAAGAACCUCGAGGAGCGGCUGCAAGCCGAGCACGGGGCCGCCGGCGACGACGGCGCCCUCGCCCGGAGGCUCGGCGGGCUCCGCGAGCGGAUCCUCGCCCUCGGCGAAUCCGUCCACGACAGCAGCCCGCUCCUCUACGACCGGUACCACCACAUCACCGAGGACCAGAUCGCCAUGUUCGCGGCGCCGCCGCGCGGGGUGCCGCACAAGCGACGGUACCCCAGCCUGGAGGCGUCGCCGGGGGACGCGCUGCCGGCCAAGGCGAUGACGCUGCUCGACGUGGUGCCGCGGACGGCCGACUACCGCGUGGCGGGGCUGGCCAGCCGCGGCGAGGUGUGCGCGGCGACGCACGAGCUGAUCAAGGCGCUCUUCCACUCGCGCAGCCGGCCCUUCCUGCAGGCGCUCGAGCAGAUCGCGCCCGGCGCCGUCCAGGACCUGCUGCCGUCCCUCCCGACGCUGGCGGACCCGCGCCGCGGCGGCCGCCUGAACCCGCACCGCGUCGUCGUCCGCCAGCUCACGGACGAGAUGAUCGACGAGCUGAUGCAGGCCUGGUUCGAGUGGCCGUUCCGGCCCUCGUACGGCACCAUCUCGUGCGGCUCGCGCGAGGGCGAAGCCUCAGGGAUGCAUGAGUCGGGGGCCGAGGAGGACGAUGGCUUCGAUUAG